AUGUAUUCAUUUAAUUUAACCCUAUCUUUGACAAGUGACCCACAUUGAAAUUGAUAAGACAUGUAGACCUACAAUAUAUAUGUCUUUAUUCAAGAGAGAUUGUUUGAAGAAACAUGGCUCAGGACAAAUCGAUAGCAAUAAUCGGCUGUGGUUUGGUGGGCCAAAGUUGGGCUAUCGUUUUCUCGACGGCAAAAUUCCAUGUACGGAUUUUCGACAAUAUUGCCGAAAAGUUAGAAGAUGGCUUGGCGUCCAUAAAAAGGAAGAUGGAAGAACUCGAAGAGAAAGGAUGUUUACGUGGAACUAUAUCUGCUGCGGAAGCUCUCAAGUUUAUAAAAACAACGCCUUCUAUGGAACAGUGUGUGGCUGGUGCAUCUUACGUUCAGGAAUGUGUGUUUGAAAACUUCAACUUGAAGAGAAGUGUGUUUGAAGAAGCUGAAAAGUAUGCGUCUAAGGAUGUUAUAUUAGCAAGUUCAACCGGGAAUAUUUUUCCAUCUCGACUUGCGGAGGGAAUGAAACUCAAGGACAGAGUAAUUGUAUCACAUCCUCUUAACCCGCCACAUCUGGUUCCACUAGUUGAAAUCAUUGCGACUCCUUGGACCGACCCAGCAGUUGUAACUCAAGCUAGAACUAUCCUUGAAGACGCUGGUCAAGUGCCCAUUGUUGCAAAGAAGGAGACUGCGGGAUUCAUUAUAUGUCGUAUUCAGCAUACGAUUACUGCGGAAUGUUUCAAACUUAUACGGGAUGAUGUUAUCAGUGUAGCUGACUUGGACAAGCUUAUGCCACACGGACUUGGGUUGAGAUAUGCAUUUAUGGGUGCUUUAGAGACAUCCUACCUUAAUGCAAACGGAAUGAAGGAUUUUUGUUCAAUGUAUGCGGAUCCAUUGUAUGAACUUCAAAAGCAAUCUGGGCCUCCAAUCCGUUUUGAAGGACCUCCACUUGAAAAGAUUCAGGAAGAACUCGAGCAACAAAUUCCUCUGGAUAAAAUCGAGCAGCGCCGUGAAUGGAGGGACCGGAAACUAGCAGAACUUUAUAAACUGAAAAACAAAACUGGAGACUAAAGAGUUAAACCCGGAAACAUAUAAGCCAGACAUUUUAAUUCAACAUGUUUUCAAUUCAUUGUAUCUUUAUUGUGCUCAUUUCAGAAAAACAAUCGUAAGAAGAUUAUUUUGAUAAGAAUAAAUAUCCUUUAGUACA